AUGAACAACAAGGCGCGGGCCCCAGCCCCCGCCCCGGCCCGGGCCUCGGUGCCGAGCCGGAAUUCGAUCCCUGGCCGGGGCUUGAUGCGGGGUAGGGCCCCGACCCAGACCCAGACCCAGACCAUCACUCCGGCCGGGAUUCCCACCAGGGCUCCAGCCCAGACCCCAGCUACGGUCCAGACCCGGGCUCGGCUCCAGACCCCGACUCCGGUCCAGAACCUGAAUCGGAUCCAGGCUCCAAAUCUGCCUCAGACCACGAGUCCCGCCCAACACCCAGCUCAACUCCAGACCCCUAAUACGGCCCGGACCCCGAAUUCCAUCCAAACCCCGACUCUAAUCCAAACCCCACCUCGAUUCCAGACCCCGAAUCCGGUCCACACUCCAUCUCGAUUCCAGACCCCGAAUUCGGUCCACACCCCAUCUCGAUUCCAGACCCCGAAUUCGGUCCACACCCCAUCUCGAUUCCAGACCCCGAAUUCGGUCCACACCCCGACUUCUAUUCAAACCCAGACUCACAUCCAAACCCCAGCUCUAUUCCAGAUCCCAAAUGCGACCCGGACCCCGGCUCCGAUCCGGACCUCGAUUCCGGCCAAGCCCCCAACCCUGGUCGAGGGUCCACAUGCAACCUCACCCAGGGUCUCGGUGCAGAGUCCGGCCUCUGACUCUGUUCGGGAGCCGGCCCCGAACUCGGGCCUCCCGGCGGCUUCGCCCCCAGGCCCCGCCCGGGAGCCCCCCGAGCUGCCCCAGGUCGCCCCCGCGCAGAAGCCGGGCGGGAGGGGAGCACCGAAGCUCAGCCCCGAGCCGCCGGCCGCGUUCGCUCCUUCCGACACGGAGCUGCUGAGCUCGGCGGUGGGCGCCGCCUCGCCCCUCACUCCGGUGGUGGAUCCCACUCUGGGGCCCAGACCCGUCCUGGGGCCCGCCCCGGCGGUCAUCAGCUUACCGAUAUCAACCAGCGUCUCGCCCUCCACCAGUGAGCACUUACUGUUGGAAGACAGGAUCUUGAUCCAAGUGAUCUACUGUGGCCUCUGAAGCUAUGGCCUUCGGUACAUUCUUCUGAGGAAGAACCUGGAGCAGCUGUUUCCAGAUCUUCUACUAUUUGAGGAAGAAAUAACAGCCCAGGGCACAGGGGAAUUUGAAGUGUUUGUAGAUGGGAAUCUGGUCCAUUCGAAGAAGAAAGGUGAUGGCUUUUUGGAUGAGCUCAAGAUGCAGAAAAUUGUGGAUGCUAUCAAUGAGGUGAUCAGGCAAAGGAACCUCAGCAAAUGAUGGGAAGGGCUGAAAUGUUGUGAAAUCAGGUCCUUUUCUGAUGGUGGCUGGGGCUGGUGGGGUUGGGAGGAGUGAAGAGAGAAAUACAGAAUUUGCCUCCCUGUU